AGGUUCAAAAGGCGGAGCUGAGGAAAAACGAAUGGAAAUACUUUGUUCACUAUCUUGGUUGGAAUAAAGUGUAUGUUUCCUUUUCUACCCACCUUAUUGUUUUUUCAAAGCAGAGUUAACGAGGUAAACAAUGCUGAAUCAGAGCUCUCUCUCUCGCACUCUCGCACACACACACAAAACACUCACUCGAUCUCACACAGAAAUGUAAUUAGGAUAAGUUUUCUGGCGGUACGCUUGAUAUCUGCAAUUGGAUUGCAGCUACUGAGCUGUUGGGUUAUUUGGAUGUAGUUUCAAUCAAGGAUACUAUAACUCAUAUAUAAGCAUUCCUUUGUAUUGCUUAUCUGUCUUUUAUAAUGGCAAUAUGCAUAGGAGUAAAUAUUAAGCUCUUGACUUCAAAAGCUAAGUCUCUACAGGUUUAGAUCAUGAAAUAGCACACAAGUAGAUGGUUCCCUCCGGUCCAGUCUUUACCAGGACAGAAGAGAACUGCCAUAACAAAAUGGAAGCUGUGUUCUUUCUCUUUUUACAUGAAAUAUAGUUUCAGGUGUCCUUUGAAAACUUGUGUUUGAUGAUAAUUAUAUUAGCUCACAUCAUACUCCAUUUCAUAGUUUUCAACAUACUAUAUGGUUGCACCUGAAUAAAAUUUAAAGCGAGGCCUCUCUUUUCUAAUUUUAAAGAUAAAGUACACUCUUUUCCCUUACAAAGCGUUCCUUAAAAGUCAUUCCUAUAUUAUAUAUUUUGUCUAUGAAGAGUAAAUUGGGAUUCAUACUCUUCUGUUGAAAUGGUUUUCCCUUUUCUUAAAGGGUUACAGUAAUCAUUACUAUGGCUUGGAUAUCUUUCCAGCAGUUGGGACGAAUGGGUAGGUGUGGAUCGCCUGUUGAAACAUAAUGAAGAGAAUAUAAAGAAGCAACAGGCUCUUAACAAGAAACAGGACAUAAUUACAAAGUCUGGACGUUUGACUCAAAUGAAGCCAAAAAGCUCUACUGAUGCAAAAAUGGAGAAAGAGGAGCAGAAGAACAAUGUGGCAGAAGGGAAGAAGCGAAAGAAUGACUGUGGACACUGUUGCCUUGGGAAAACUUGUGAAGAUUCAAAUUCCUUCAAAAUUAAGGAAGCAAGUCAUUGAUGAUUGGGAACUUGCUUCUCAGCUGGAUAAGGACAUUUUAGGAAUGGAUAGUAGUCAACUCAAUGAGGCAAAUAAAAAAGGGAGUAGACGGGUAUGGACCAGAGAGGAGGAGUCUGCACUUUUAGGCAUCCUAGAGGAUCUAGUUGCAAAGAAUCAUCGUCAUGAUAAUGGUACUUUCAAAAGUGGAGCAUUGAAUCAAGUAGAAAAUGCCUUGCACAAUUUGUUUCCAGAGUCUGGCCUGAAAGCUAAGCCACACAUUGAGUCAAAAAUGAAAAUAUUGAAGAAGCAGUUCCGUAUAGUUUAUGAAAUGGUGAACAAAACUGGGUUUGAAUGGAAUGAUGAAAAGAAAUGUGUGAUGGUUGAUACUGAAGAGACAUGGAAAGCGUAUCUUCAGCAUCACAAGGAGGCAGCUGGGUGGAGGGGUAAAUUUUUUCCUCUUUAUGACAGGCUUGGUUAUAUAUUCAAAGCGGACUGUGCACUUGGAGAAAGGUCCCAAAAUUCAGCUGAUAUAGGUCAGGAGUUGAAUUGUAUGGAUGUUAGUACAACUGACUUUGAGAUAGAGGAAGACACUUUUCCAAGGUCAGUUGACCAAGUAUCAACUAACAAGCAAACAGAUCAAUCUCAUUCCUCACCAAGUAAGAGGAGAAGAGAUGAUGACUCUGGAGGUAGUAGUCAAAUCAAUGAAACAAAUGAAAAGAAUGGCAGACAUUUAUGGACCAAGGAGGAGGAGGAUGCAGUUUUAGGCAUUCUAGAGGAUCUAGUUGCAAAGGGUCCUCUUUAUGAUAAUGGUACUUUCAGAUCUGGUACAUUCGCUCAAAUAGAAGAUGCCUUGCGUCAUUUAUGUCUAGCCUCAGGGCUGAAAGCUAGACAUAUUGAGUCAAAAGUUAAGAACUGGAAAAGGAAAUGCAGCAUAGUAAGUGACAUGCUCAACAGAACUGGGUUUAGCUGGAAUAAUGUGAUGAAAUGUGUGGAGGUUGACAAUGGAGAAACAUGGAAAUCCUAUGUUCAGACUCAUAGGGAGGCAGAUAAGUGGAGGGGAAAAUAUUUUCCAAUUUUUGACAGACUUACUCAUAUAUUUGAUGUGGACCGCGCAACUGUAAAAACAACCCAAGCACGAGCUGAGAUAGCUGAGGAGAUCAACUGUUUUGAGGUUAAUUCAACUGACUUUGGGAUAGAGGAAGGCACUUGUCCAAGGUCAGUUGACCAAUUAAUUACCAAGCAAACAGAUCAUUCUCAUUCCUCACAAAGAAAGAGGAGGAGAGAGGAUGAUACAGGAGGUAGUAGUCAUAUCGAUGAGACAAGUAAAAGAAGGCGCAGACGUACGUGGACCGAGGAGGAGGAAGACGCACUUUUAGGCAUUCUAGAGGAUCUAAUUGCGAAGGGUCACCGUUACGAAAAGGGUACUUUCAAACCUGGUAUGUCAACUCUAAUAGAAGAUGCCUUAUCCAAAUUAUGUCCAGCCUCAGGACUGAAAGCUAGCCCACAUGUUGAGUCAAAAAUUAAAAAGUUGAAACAGGAAUGCAGUAUUGUAUGUGACAUGCUCAACACAGAUGGCUUUAGUUGGAACAAUGAGAUGAAAUGUGUGGAGGUUGACAGUGAAACAUGGAAAAGAUAUGUUCAGCAUCAUAAGGAGGCAGAUAAGUGGAGGGGGAAAUUUUUUCCACUUUUUGAAAGACUUAUUUAUAUAUUUGAAGUGGGCCGCCCAAUUGCAAAAACAACCCAAACUUCAGCUGAAAUGGUUGAGGAGAUGAACUGUGUUGAGUUUAAUACAACUGACUUUGGGACACUGAAAGACGCUUGUCCAAAGGCAGUUGAACAAGUCUCAACAACCAAGGACAUAGAUCAAUCUCAUUCACUACCAAGUAAGAGAAGAGAAGAUGAUAUGGGAGGUAUUCAUCAUAUCAAUGAGACAAAUAGAAAAAGGAGAAGGCGUAAAUGGACCAAGGAGGAGGAGGAUGCACUUUUAAGCAUCUUAGAGGAUCUAGUUGCAAAGGGUCAUCGUUUCCAUAAUAAAACUUUCAGAUCUGGUACAUUGACACUAAUAGAAAACACUUUGUGCAAUUUAUGUCCAGCAUCAGGACUGAAAGCUUACCCACACGUUGAGUCAAAAAUUAAAAAAUUGAAGAAGGGAUUCAGUACAGUGUGUGACAUACUCAACAGUGGGUUUGGGUGGAAUGAUAGAACAAAAUGUGUGGUGGUUGAAUGUGAAGAAUCAUGGAAAGGCUUUGUUCAGCAUCAUAAGGAGGCAGGGAAGUGGAGAUACAGACAUUUUCCACUUUAUGAUAGACUUGCUCAUAUAUUUGGAGUGGACUCCACAAAUGUAAAAGCAUCUCAAGCUCAUAUUGAAACAGUAGAGGGGAUUAACAGUGAUGAGGUUGAGUCAGGUGACUUGGGGAUAGAGGAAGACACUAACUCAAGGUCUGUUGACCGCAUCUCAACAAACAAAGAAGCAGAUAAAUCUCAUUCCCCUCAAAGAAAUAGCAGAAGACAAGAUGAUGAUUUAGGUGCUUCGUUAAACAAAGUUGCUGCGUCAUUUGUGGGAAUGAUGCAAACUUCAAAGGAGCAAAUGCGAGUACUAAUCGAAAAUCUGCAGUCGAAAGAUAAAAAUGAGUCCCUGCAACCAAAAGAUGUCAAUGAGUCUCUAUCCAAAGAUAAGAAUGAAUCUCAGCAAUCCAAAGGUAACAAUGAAUCUCUGCAGUCAAAAGAUAACAGAACAGGUCAGUUACGGUCUGAGCUUAUAAAGUUGGGGCUUUCUAUUACUGAUCGAGUGAAAGCAUUAAGACUACUCAUGGCUGAUACUUGGAAUGCUGAUUUUUUUCUUACUUUGGAUGAGGAAGAGAAAUUGGAAUUUGUAAAGCAACUCAUUGAUGAAUCAUCUAAGAAGUAAGGUGUAUAUUGUGGGUUAUAUUUGUAGCAAAUCUGCUAAAUUAUUUUCACUCAUCUUGGACUACUGUUGAGCAUUGUCA